AUGUCAUUAUUCCGUGAACAAAAAUAUGAAUUAUUAAAUAAUAAUGUUGAAGGUAUUAAAUGUCAAAAUUUAGAUAAUCAACUUGUUACCAAAUGUUUUCAAAUCUCUUGUGGAUUAUGUAAUCAUUGUCGUGUGUUUCUUUGCAUAAAACACAUGGUUCAACACAAUACAUUACCACAAACAGAUAAAGAUGAUCCAGAAAGAGAGAAAAUAAUUGAUGUAAUUAAUAAAAAUCAAAUGAUUAUUGAUGAUAAUAAAACUAUUGUGCAAUACUCAAAAAAUUUAUCAACAAAUAUUUUAUCUACAAAAAUUAAACAAACAACAACUAUUGAAUCACUUCCGAAUGAAAUAAUGCUUAUUAUAUUUAGUUAUCUAUCAUCUAUUGAUAUUAUAUCAACAUUUUAUGGUAUGAAUGAUAAUGUAAAUAUAUUAAUUGAAAAUUGUUUUUCAAAAAAAGUUGAUUUAUCACCCGUACAAUCGUAUGAUAUUUUUAAAGAUUGUUUCGAUCGUAUAUUUCCCUGUAUUGGUUCAAAUGUAACAACAUUAAUUGUUGGUGAUGAAUAUCAUUAUGAACAGUUAGAUAUAUUUUUUAAUUCAAUUCAAAAUCGUAAUUUAGCUGAUUUAUUUCCAAAUCUUGAAUUAUUAACAUUAUUAUGGAUACGUAUAACAAAUUUAUCAACAUUAUCUCAAUCAUCAUUUCAAAAAUUAUCAACAUUAAGUUUAACAUUUAAUAAUCAUAAAUAUGAGAUGACUAAUAUUGAUCAAAUAUUAAAAAUAAAUUCAUUAAAAUAUUGUCUUAUUGAUAAUGUAUCUGUAACUGUAACUGAAUCACCUAUUUUAACAAAUUCAUUUAUUCGUCAAUUAAGUAUUUAUAAUUUAUCAAAUUUUGAAAGUAUUAUUAUUUUAUUAAGAAAUUUAAUACAACUUGAACAUUUAGAUGUUAAAAUUAAUCGUGAUGUACAAAUUAUUAAUGAUCAUAUUGAUUUACCAAAACAAAUAAAUUUAAAACAUUUUGGUCUAUGUUGGAAUAUUUCAAAACAUCGAACAUAUAUUAUAAUUAAAAAUUUAAUUAAAAAUCAUUUAACACAAUUAGAACAUCUUUCAUUAAGAAUUAAAGGUCGACAUUGGCAAUCACAAGAAUGGCUUGAUGGAAAUCAAAUUAAAAAUGAUUUAUUAGUUAAUUGUACACAACUUAAAGAGUUUAUUUUCUGUUUCAAAUUUAAUUCAAUUUAUUUAUUAAUUCGUAAUAGUCAUGAUUUAUUACAAACAUUUCGUAGUGAUUAUUGGCUUAAACAACAUGAAUGGUCAGUUGGUAUUAGUAUGAACGGAUUUCAAUGUCGUCUAUUUUCAUUACCCUAUCCAUAUCAUUAUGUUGAUUAUGAUGAAAAUUUCUUAUUAAAAUCAAAACAAAAUUCAGAUAAAAAAUGUAUACCACAUACUGGCUGGACAAAUGUAAAAAUUGUACGCCUAUUAAAUGAUCAUAUUAAAUUAAGUUCAUUAAAAAAAUUUAAUGAAUCAUUUACAAAUAUAUCAACAUUAUUUAUAAAAACAUUUGAUUCAUCAUUAACAAAUGGAAUGUAUCAUUAUUCAUUUUUUAAAAAUAUAAAACGUUUAGAUUUAUCAUCAUGUGCAAAUAGAAAUUCAACAAAAAAUGCUCUAUUAUCAGCACAAACAGCUACAAAUCUUGUAAAUUUAACAGUACAUUAUAUUGACCUAUUAACAACAACAAAUCAUUUUCAACAGUGUGUGUUUUUAUUUCGAUUUAUAAAAAUUCUAUGUGUACACGAGUUUUUUAUUAAUCAAUUAGAUGAAUUUUUUGUUCAUUUUUCUAACGUUGAUACAUUAGAAUUACGAAAAACAAGUCGAUCAAUAUAUGUUUAUGAAUAUAUUUCAUUGAUAUUAACAACAAUGGCCAAAAAUAAAACAUGUUCAAUUAGUUUAUAUAUUGAAUUUGUUAAACGAAUGGAUAAUCAAGAAAAAUUAGAAAUGGAUAUUAAACUAAGUCAAAAACGAUUCUAUUCGAAUCAUGAUCAUUAUUUUGUCAAAUUUUGGGGUAAUGCUCAAACGAUUUACGAUCAUUUUAAACUAUCUACAAAACGAAAUGAUCUUAGGACUAUUGAAUCAGAGUGUAAACGUUUUAAGCAUGAUUUACUCUAA